ACCAGUGCUUCAAGUAACUGCAAUUAUCGUGACAAAAAAGUCAUACAUUUGCUACACGCAUCUACAUUCUACACACUCCAAUUUUCAUUCAUCAAUCAUUCAAUCUUCACACCAAAAGCAAAACAAGAUUCUCAAGCAAAGUAAAACCCUAUAGCAAGCAAUCAUUCAUCACUUCAGUGAAAGAAAGAAACACAUAAUUAAAGCCUAUUCUUCAGGGUCAUCCAAUUCCUAUUUCUUCUUUUAACAACCAUACCCAAUUCUUUUUAGUCCUCAAAGAUUGGAACUUUACUCAUGGGUACUCUAACUACUGCUCCUGUUCUCACUUCUAAGUUCAAGCCUUCUUCUCUUUCUCCCCAGGAAAAAUUGUCUUUUUUCCCUCAUAGAAGAAGGUUUGGGAAGAAGAACCAAGCAAUUGUGCCAGUGGCUAGGUUGUUUGGGCCAGCUAUAUUUGAAGCUUCAAAGCUGAAGGUUUUGUUCUUAGGAGUGGAUGAAAAUAAACACCCUGGAAAUCUUCCAAGGACUUAUACACUAACACACAGUGAUAUAACCUCCAAACUCACUUUGGCUAUCUCUCAAACCAUAAAUAAUUCUCAGUUGCAGGGAUGGUACAAUAAGCUGCAAAGGGAUGAAGUGGUGGCACAGUGGAAGAAAAUGAAGGGAAAGAUGUCACUUCAUGUUCACUGCCACAUAAGUGGAGGCCACUUCCUAUUGGAUAUAUUUGCUAGGCUAAGAUACUUCAUCUUCUGCAAGGAGCUACCAGUGGUGUUGAAGGCCUUUGUUCAUGGAGAUGGGAAUCUAUUGAACAACUACCCAGAAUUGCAGGAUGCAUUGGUUUGGGUAUACUUUCACUCAAAGAUUCCAGAGUUCAACAAGGUACAGUGUUGGGGACCACUGAAGGAGGCGGCUGCACCGUCAGGUGGGUCCCCGGAGAAAGAAGGUGAAGGGGUGAAGAUGCCGGAUCCGUGUCAAGAAGAAUGUGAGUGUUGCUUUCCUCCUCCACAGGCAUUGAAUCCAAUCCAAUGGUCUGAAGAAGUUCCCUCUCCCAAUUAUGAAGCUUUUGAUGGGGUUGGGACCCAACAAAACUUGUAGAACAAAACUCAUCAUUCAAAUCCACAUACUUACAAAUUCAUCCAAUUGUUGUUCUUCCCACACGUAUCAUUAGGAGGGGAAUUUCAAACACGUUUUCCUCAAUGUAAAUAAGUAAAGAAAUAGAUAUAUUUAGGUUUUGUUUUGGUUAUGAUUUUUCUUUCAUAAAAAUCAGUUCAUGUAUAAUAUUUGUGUUUGAUAAGUGUUCUUAUCUAGGAGUUGAAUUAAUCGACUUGUAUAAGUUACAGAAGUGCAAUUAUCAAUUUGGAUACAAGUGUCUUUCUUUCUCUU